CAACAGAGAGGCCAGUGCGAUAGUCUAUCAGAGUGUAGGCUUGCGUUCGACGCCUUUCAAUUCUAGGCCGACAUCCAGCCUGAAUAUAGAGCAACCAUUCUCGUUUAAUCCGACACCUCUACCUGUGGAAGUUUGCUAAAUAAGGCCGUAUACAAAAUUCAGUGCAUCUGUGAUGUUAGACAUUCUCAUGUGCCUUGCGUCGCAUCUAUACGUUGCUGGAUUUAUUUUCGUCCUUGUUGCAGUGAGCUGCUACCGGUUGAGGCCGGUAUACCUCACAAUUUCACGGCUACUGAACAAUCUUUCGAGACCGACAGUAGACAAAUUUCGCUAUGGAUACUAUGGCCAAACGCACGAUCAAGGCGCAGCUAGUCCCAGCUGCUGAUUGCCAAGCGCAUUGGAUCAUUACCUUCAGCGAGUUGAGCGAAUGUAUCAAUGCAAAUCUUACAGGAAAUACGCUCCAUUAUACACGGCAUCACGUUUCAGGAGUCUUGGACACCAUCGAGUUUCACAUCAGAUACGGUUGCCCACCAAUUGAUCAACUGAAAGGAGAUAUGUGGCUUCCGGGUCGUAUUAUGCAGCGACAGGAAUUCUGCCGCUGCACGGAGUGGGUAUGGGGGGUAAUCUGGAGGUAUACUGAGCUUGGCUGUAUCGAGAAGCUCUCUACGGAUGGAGUUCCACUUGACGAAUUAUGGGAUAAGCUGCUCCAGAGACAGACCGACGCUCUGACCACUUCUGGCUGCUUAGAGGUCGAAGCUGAUACCGCGCAGGAGGGUUCGCGUAAUGAGGAAGAUAAUGGCCAGGAGGUCAGGUCCGUCAAGGUUAUGCAUCGUCAACAUCAGGAAGCUGAGGAGUAGGAAAACAGCAUUGGUGCUGGAAAUGAUGUAUCUAGAUAUUUGAUUAAUCAAUUUGUAUGCUCUCUCCGCACGACUAGCGUCUGGUUGCCUAUUGGACAUUACCACUCGAGUGAUGCAAACUGAAGAUCAGAGAAUCAUAUGAACGAU